UUCUAGGGUUUCAUUUCAGAGAGAAGUUCCUUGAAGCCUGUUUCUGAGAAAAGAUGAGGCCCAUAUUCUGUGGAAACUUUGACUACGAUGCUCGCCAGUCCGAGGUGGAGCGGCUAUUCAACCGAUAUGGGAAGGUGGACAGGGUAGAUAUGAAAUCAGGUUAUUUACCAUUCUCUAUGUAUGCACAUAACUUAGUUCCCAAUCCUAUAGAUGGGUAGAUUUCACCAAAUCUGUAUAAACAACCGAUACUACUUUUUAGGCAAAGUGUACUAUCAACCGAAGGUCUAUGUUAUCCAUUAUACCUGUGCACUUAUAAGAAGCAGUAAUAUGUUAAUGAUAAAAGAAACUGUAACCUUUUGGGGUAAUCUCUGUCAGAUGAAAGGGACACUGAUGGAGUAUGACAUACCUUUGUCAAUGCCUGCCCUGUUUUGUCAUGUUCUCUCUCCAUCACCAUGCAUUUCAUUGGAUGGAGAUGACCCUUAACAGACUGAGUUUGAGGUAGUCUACUGGAUUAUUGAAUACAUUCUCCUUUCUUCUCCUUAGAAGGUAAGCAAUGUUGUCACUUAUCAUGAAGUGCCUGUUUUCCAUUUACUUGGUAUCGACUUGGUCUCUUCUGGAAAUCAAAAUUACGAGUUCGGGCAUUUUCACUGCAUAUGGAUGGACAAACAUGUUGAUUGAGGUGAUUGCAAUUUGAGGUCAGUUGUAUCAUAUGGGAACUAGUGCUUUAGGUCUUCUACAUUGGUUUUCAGGUAAGCUGGUUAAUCAUUCUGGGUCAAUCAUCCAAUGGUUGCAUUGUAGGUUAAUCGUGUGCCUCUCAGUAAAAUGUCUGCGACCCUAAACUGCUAUCGUGCUAUUGAAUAUUUUAAUAAUUAGAAAUUGGAUGCUCACUAAUAGGUGAUAACUUUCCCCGACCCCCUUCCUCGCCCUCAACCCAACAAAAAAGGUGAAAACUGAGGGAAAGACCUUGAGACCACAAGAAUACACAUGGACAUAUUCCAUCAACGGCGAAUGAACAUGCACCAAGGUGAUGGUGGGCAUCUUCCUGUAAUGGAGCUGUCCUUAUUCUUGGCCAUCAAUCUUUUGGUUGCUUGGCUGGCAUCAAUGGACUAUGUUGUGUUAUGGUGUCAGCAUCCUCUCUCAUCGAGCCCCUCCCCACUGGCGUAAAAAGGAUAAUUUAAAGAAGCUUGUUUUUUCAAGUGUAAAAGCCCCCAUACUCAAGCAUUUCUUUGGCGCAGGGAUUGUCUUGGAGCUCCCAAGCUCUUCCUGGCUGUCGGGCUCUUGUGCCUUACCUUUCCUGGCUUGCGGCUUCAUCCUCUUGUCUUUCAAAAGAGCCGACCUAAUCAUCAGUGGCAUCUUCAUUUCACAUUUUCCACGAGAGAUCAUUGCUCUUCUUUCCUCAUGAAUAAUGACCAUAAGCCAAAGUAUUCAAAUUUCAGACACAUUUCAAGGAGCACAAAACACGGCGAUGAUGACCACCUCUGAGACACCCUCUUUUGGAUUAUUCUUCCUUGACAUCAUUUAGUUCAUCAUAUAUGCAAGGAUUUGCUUUCAUUUACAUGGAGGAUGAACGUGAUGCUGAGGAUGCCAUCCGUGGGCUUGACAGGAUGGAGUUUGGCAGGUCCGGGCGUCGCCUUCGUGUUGAGUGGACUAAGCAAGAACGUGGUAUUCGCAGGCCUCCUGGUGCAAGAAGAUCCAACAAUCUGAGGCCCACAAAAACUUUGUUUGUUAUCAAUUUUGAUCCGAUCAAUACCAGAGUGCGAGAUUUGGAAAAGCAUUUUGAACCAUAUGGUAAAGUUUUGAAUAUUAGGAUCAGGCGGAAUUUUGCAUUCAUCCAGUUUGAAAAUCAGGAGGAUGCUACCAAGGCGCUGGAGGCAACACACAUGAGUAAGAUAAUGGACCGAGUUAUCUCAGUGGAGUAUGCAGUGCGUGAUGAUGACGAAAGAAGGAAUGGUGGGUACAGCCCUGCGAGGAGAGGGAGAGAUCGAUCUCCCAGGAAAAGCCGAGAGCAUGGGCGCUCUCCAAGUCCUUAUGGUAGAGAGAGAGGCAGUCCUGACUAUGGGCGCGGCCCAAGCCCAUAUAGCAGGCCUGAUGCAAGGGGCAGCCCUAACUCUGGCAGAGCCGAGAGCCCCGUGUAUGAGAGGUACCGCAGCCGCUCCCCCGCCAGGCCAUCCAGAUCUUGAGGUAGAAUGUAAGGUAUUUGUUGUGGACAGUGUUUGAGCUUUUACUUAGUUCCUUUUCUCUAGUGAGUUUAAAAUUGUAUCACUUGAUUGCACAUGCCUGGGAAGUGGCCAGGCUGCUUUUUUAUAUGAUCAAUGUUUGGGCUUCAAGUAUAGAUCUCUAGGGGUUGUUUCUUAAGAGUAGUUUGAGAAUCUAAUGGCUUUGAAGAUGUUUGAGACUCUUUUCAGGGAAACCUCCAAUGUAACUACAGCCACUUAUGAAUUGUCAAAAUUUUUCAUGUUCUGCUCA